UUUCCAGUUUGAGCAACGUCUUCCACUCUUGCUUUCGUACCCGCCCCCUCACCCCACCACCAUCACCACCCACUCCUGAUCUUUUCUUUCAUUUCAUUUUUCUUUUUCCGAGAUUUGUGGACUUUUGCCAAGCCCUAUUUCAUGCAUGUCCACUGGGGGCAGGUUCAACUUUGACGAUGGGGGGUCUUACUGUGGCGGGUGGGACGAAGGCAAGGCCCAUGGCCACGGCAUCUGCACAGGGCCCAAAGGCCAGGGCGAGUACGCCGGUGCGUGGAGCCACGGUUUUGAGGUCCUGGGUGUGUACACGUGGCCCAGUGGCAACACCUUCCAGGGUACGUGGGCGCAGGGCAAACGCCAUGGCAUCGGCGUGGAGAACAAGGGCAAGUGGGUGUACAAGGGGGAGUGGACGCAUGGAUUUAAGGGGCGUUACGGAGUACGGGAGAGCACCGGUGCCAGCGGCAAGUACGAGGGUACGUGGAACAACGGACUGCAGGACGGAUAUGGGACCGAGACUUACUCGGAUGGAGGUACAUACCAGGGCCAGUGGGUGGGCGGCAUGCGGCAUGGCUACGGCAUUCGGCAGAGUGUCCCGUACGGCAUGGCGGCCGUGAUCCGCUCUCCACUGCGCACCUCCAUAAACUCUCUACGCUCAGAGCACAGCAACGGCACGGCGGGUACGCCAGGCACGGGGGGCGGCAUCAGCCCGGCAGCUUCACGCGGUGGCUUCGUCCUGACGGCUCACAGCGAGGCGGAGCUUCUGAAGGCGAAAAAGAAAGGCCUCUUCUUCCGGCGCUCUCUGCUCAGCGGCCUGCGUCUGCGCAAGUCCGAGUCGAAGAGCUCGCUGGCCAGCCAGCGUAGCAAGCAGAGCUCGUUCCGGAGCGAGGCGGCCAUGAGUACGGUGAGCUCUGCCGCCUCAGACGUCAACUCCACCAUCAGCCUGGGCGAGGCCGAGGGGGAGCUCCUGCCCACCAGCACCAACGUCAACGACGAUGCCAACGACGAUGACGGCGUGGACGCUACAGCCACCGAGAGCUACGCGGGCGAGUGGAGGAACGAUAAGCGCUCCGGCUGUGGCGUGAGCCGCCGCUCGGACGGUCUCUGUUACCAAGGCGAGUGGUUGAGCAACAAGCGCCACGGCUACGGCUGCACCACCUUUCCCGACGGCACCAAGGAGGAGGGGAAGUACAAGCAGAACUCGCUGGUCAGCGGCAAACGCAAGAACCUAAUCCCGCUACGUGCGAGCAAGAUCCGAGAGAAGGUGGACCGCGCCAUCGAAGGUGCAGAGAAGGCGUCUGAUAUCGCAAAGCAGAAAGCUGAGAUCGCUUUGUCCAGGACGGCCCACGCGAGAGGGAAGGCGGAGGCGGCCGUGACGGCGGCGCAGAAAGCGCAGGAGGAGUGCAGACUGGCCAGAAUCGCAGCUAAAGAGUUCUCGCCUUCGUUUCAGCAUCGAGGAAACGGAGUGGAGUGCGAGAGGCCGAAGCCGCAGCCGUCGAGCGACAACGACGUUGAGAUGAUGUCGAGCGAGACUCCGGACAGCACCGAGCUCUACAUGAAGGGCUCGACUCCUCCAGAGCUGACUCCUGACGCCAGCCCGGGUCCAAGCCCCACCUCUAAAUCUCGGGCCCGCCCGAAAAACGCCCGCUUCCUGCGACAGAGCGCCGUGGACGACGAGAGGGGAGGAGCCUCCGAAAUUCAGGUUCUGGUGGAGGGCCGGAGCCACGGACGGCCGAGCGGAGGCGGUGGAUUAGGCGAGGAAUACGUGAGAACGGCGAACACCAACGGUCACCGGCACUCCUCGUCCAAUCACAAGGCGUCGUCCCGGGAGCACGGCUCGUCCAAUCACAAGCCGUCGUCGCGGGAGAAGUGGGCGGAGUGGACUUCGCACCGGACGCAGACGCGCCUGCUCGAGCAGGACGAGGAGAAGCUGAGCAACUACGAGAUGGAGAUGAAGCCGCUGCAACCCAUGGACUCUAACUCCCAGAAGCCCUAUGGGCAAGGGGAGGAGCGUCACCGGGGCAAGACCCGGGGCAAAAACCGGGACCGAGAAAGAGACAGGGACAGAGAGAAGGAGAGAGAGAGAGAGGACACGGCACAGCCCGGUGUGGACCCGGUGCAAAAGCUGGACAGUCUACGUGCGGGCGAGAAACUGGAGGCUCGGCCUCUGCGCAGGGACCUCAUGCUCUCGCCCCCACAAAAAUCCUCACCCAUUGCACUAGAACACGAUAAAGAGAAUCACACACAGCUCAAAGCCAACUCGGGCUCCAGCUCAAUUCUGGUUGUCAUGGUGAUUUUGCUCAACAUCGGAGUUGCCAUUCUGUUUAUUCACUUUUUUAUUUAAAACUCUUGUCAUUUCCUUUAUUUCCUGUUAAUUUAUCUCCUUCCCG